UUUUCCACAAGCAGAAUGAAAUGCUAGGUUUACGUAGUAAAGAUACUUUAAACACAAAGUGCAAGAUUGCUUUAAUUUUAGAUAAGCUAGAAAGACACAAAGAAGCCUAUAGCAUUUAUCAAGAGAUUUAUUUAAAAUUGGAAGAGAUGUCAGUGUCGAAUCAUCGGACUAUUUUACCUGAUCAAUUUCAUAUGGUAUUAGCUAGACUGGGAAGGUAUGAGGAAGCUUUAAACAUGUGCAGGCUAAAGUAUGAAAAGUGUAAAAGUACAUUCGGAAUAGAUAAUCUACAAUCUUUACACGCUCAAAGCAAUGUAGCUUUUAUUCUAGCUCAACAAGGUAAACUUAAAGACGCUUUAAAAAUCCUUGAAGAAGCAUUUAAUACGAUGAAAUCGUUGUUUGGCACUAAUCAUCCCGAUACUUUAAAAAUAUUGUCCGCCAUUGCCGACGUAAUCUUGAAACAAAAUAGGUAUCAGAAGGCGAUGAAACAUUAUCAAGAGUUAAUAAAUAUCCAAGAAAUUGUUUUAGGGCGGAAUUAUCCUGAAACAUUAGAUACUUACCACAAAAUAAUAUGGGUACUUUUUAAACAACGUAAAUGGAUCAGCGCGCUAAGAAUCUGCAGAAAGAUCGUUCCUCGGAUGAAAAAUACUUUUACCCCUACUCAUGAUAUUCUUUUGACAACACUGAAAAUCAUGGAAGAUUGUAAUUCAGCGUUGAAAUUUCAGCGUCUAGAUAUUUCGGAUUUCUUUCAUCACAUACAGGAAAUCAAUACUGCUGCUAAUGACGGAGACAUACAAAAAAUUCAACGUCUUUUGGAAGAUGACAUUGAUUUAAAUGAUACAGACACCGAAGGAAGGACGCCACUACAUUAUGCUGCCAGCAAAGGACAGAUAAAUGUUGUGAAUCUUUUGUUAAGCAGUGGAGCCGAUGUCGAUGUAUCCUCUGGUGAUGGCCAAACUCCGUUACACGUUGCCACAUCCAACGGUCACUGGAAAAUUGUGGAUAUUUUGCUGCAACAUGUAAAUCGUGAUAACUUGGACAUGUUUAUUAACGCUGAAACUAUUCGCACCAGCACGACAUCGCUCCAUAUUGCGGCUGAAAACGGUUUCUUAGAUAUUGUCUGUUGUUUACUCAGUUACGGAGCGAUUUAUAACAUUGAAAACAAGAAAGGCGAAACACCAGCUGAUCUUAGCAAACAUCAGAGUAUUGUCGAUUUACUGAGAAUGAUUGAGGAACUGUUUACAUAUGCGGAAAAUGGCAAUAAUGAGAUUAUCAGAGUUAUAAGGGAAUUGAGUUCUGACAAGUUUGUCGCUGUAACAAAAGCUCGUAAUAAUGAAGGACACACGUUGUUACAAGUUACUAUGCUUAAUCAACACAAGAGACUUGCAAACGAAUUGGUAAAUAUAUUACAACAAAACCGUCAUCAUCUCAAGGUAUCUUGUAUGAUUUCAAAAUAAAGGUAUUCAUAAAUGCGAGAGCGGAAUGUUCAGCGUCACGUUAACAUACGUGUAUGAAUGCAUCUUUGCGCCGUUGGUAUUUAUACAUAUUGUCACGUGGUUGCACUGUUCUUAAGUUUAAAUUCAAUAUUACAAGUUAGUUCGUGAAUGAUUGUCUGUUACUGAUCUAGAUGAUUAUCUUUAGGUGUAAUAAACUGGUUGAAAGAGAA